AUGGCCUUGUGGGCUCAGGCAGGGCUCCGCGCGGUCCGGAGCCUCACGCAGGCGGCCCAGUCUGUGCAGACCACAGUCUACGUUGACGACCGAACUGUCGUUGCUAGUGAAGCGAGGGUGCUGUCUCAGCAGGAGCAGACAUGGGCUCAGUGGUCGGCUGCGGUUGGCCUGCUUGAGCAUCCGGCUAAGACUGAGGCUACUGCCAUUACGGCGGCUCUCACCCGCAGUGCUGUGAUUAAGCGUGCUGGCAAAGAGCCUGUUGUGUGGACUCUGCUGCGCCGCACGGCCCCGGCUCAUCGCUCGGGGCUGGCUUCUGGCUGGGCCGUGGCGUUGGCCCCCAGAGACAGGAGUUUUGACUUGUGGCAGGCCGGAGGCCGGGGCCUCAGAAACCUCAACUGGCCGGACAACCAGGCUUGCUACAUGGACGACCGCUCUGCUGUGAGCGGUACGUGGCGCCAGACUGAAGCGUGGAUCUCUAGCUGGCACGACUGGUCGGAGGCCGUGGGGCUCCGCGAACACGCUGGCAAGACACAGGUGGAAGUUCUGGGCUGCAGCACGGUCUCGGUGCCCAGGGUCAAUACGGACCAGGUCCGCGUGGCUGCCCUGGCCUCAGUUUGUCAGAGCUUCGCGAAGCCUCAGCCUCUCGCUCGCCAGCUACGGCUGGAUAGGCAGGCCGCUUACGGGGCGGUGCUGCACCUAGACUGUGUGUGCGCUGCCGGUUUGCUUCGCCGGGUGGCUAAGCUCUUACUCUUUGAGCGUGGCGGCAGCCUCCCUGCAGGGGAUCGAACCUGGAAUGCUCCGCCCUGGGUCUGGCGAUCGUCUCUGGCGCAGUCCUGCGUCGUCGAUAUCUCGCCUGAGAGCGCGCAGACUCCGGGUGCAAGGCAACAUGCUUUGAGACAGGGCUGGCUCAGCUCCUUGGGCAAGCAGAACAGGUGGACUUCGCGCAAGUGCGCACGCAUGCGCACGCUUCUCCUUGAAGAUGCGGCGAAUCGCACGGUCAUGUUAGGAGCCUUCGUGAGCCCUGCGUGGCUGGAAGCCUGCGAGGGUUCGAAUCAGGAGCACCACUGCUGUCCGAGGUGUGGCGUGCAGCUGGCUCCUUUUCAGCACGUGGCUUACGAGUGCGUGGGCAAGCCUAGGCCACAGAAUGAGUGGCAAGCUCGGUUCGGUUGGCCUUUGGCCAACGUUGCUAAGCCUGUGAAUGCGGCCAGACUGCAAGUCCUGGCAGAUGCGUGUCGGGCCCUGUGGCAACAGCGUCAUCCACCAGAUCUCUUGCCGACGGCUGGCGGCGCCAGCGCGAGCACACACCGGGUAGGCUCUCGAGUGGAGGCAGCAGACUGCCCGCGCCCAGAUGCAAGUUCAGGCAUCGGAUCCGGCCUCAGCUCUGGUUUAGAUGCCCCAAAGUCCCUGAAAGUCCGGCAGGUUCGGCUGCCGCCUCAGUUUCAUGGCGCGGAGAUAGAGGAAGUCGGCGACGACGACGGUCCGGACCUCAGUACUUCCAGCGGCGCCCGCCUUACAACUGCGACCAAGGACGUGGAACAGGUGGACGACUCUGGGUCAGAAGUUUCCCGGACGGCGAGGCGUCUCAAGCCUCAGUUUCUAGCUGGCUCCGCCCUGGGCCUGUUCGAGUGUCUGGUCCUAAGGGCUCUGCUGGCAAGGGCCCAGGACUUUGAGGAGAGUGCUGCGUCCGCGGAACUGCCGCCUGCCCAGUCAGGCUUCCAGUGCCCGCUGUGCCAGAUGCGCAUCCCAUGCCUCGCUUCUCAGGACUGGUGGCUCACGACGUUCUAUGCUCCCCCAUGCGAGCAUGCUGAUCCGCAAGGAGAAGUGGCCCGUGGGCUUCAGGAGCUGUUUGAGGUGAAGCGUAAGGACGCGACUUCUGCGUGGAUCUCUUGCGGCGACGCCAACGAAAUCCCGGGAGAUUCUACUAUCGCCUGCACGCUGCAGGCGUAUGGCGGUACUCCCUUAAGCACGGGGCUAGGCACUCGUUGGAGUAGCGACAGGGAGAUCGAUUGGUUCGCCUGCAGUAGACCUCUUGCGGUUUCCUCGCCUGUCGCUGCACCGUUUGUGUUUAGUGACCACAAGGCCCUGGAGCUCACUGUGCCUCUUGGCGUCGUUGACUGUCAACAAGGCUUCUUAACUCCCUCGGUGUCUUGGGAGAAGCCUCAGGACGUCUCUACUGAGGAUUGGAGACAGUGGCUAGAUCAGGCAUGGACUACUUCUGAAGCGGCUAAGGCUUUCGAUAGCCAGGUGGCUAACAGUUCCCUGGCCGUGCAGGAAGCUUGGGAUGUGUUUAUGGGUCUCCUCCACAAAGGAUCAAAUCCCGCACUGCAGUACUCACCUCAGCCGACCAAGGGUGCUGAGGUCCCGGUGACUAAAGUCUCUGGCCUCGGGCGGGAUGCCCACACGCCUCGGGAAUGCACGGCGCUUAUCGCUGACUUUUGGACACAGUUUUGGGUGGAGGCCCAAGGCCAGGGUCCUGAUGAAGAAGCAAUCUGCGCGAACCUCACGCGGUGGGCUCUCGCUGAUAGGGCACGCACGGAGUGGGAGCCUCCGAGUCUUUCGCUUUUGGUGGCCCAGGCCCGCAGGGCUUCAGGGGCAGCUGGGCCGGACCAUUGGUCGGGUCUUGAAGUUAAGCAUCUUCCCGUGGGUGCCUUAGCUACUUUUCGUCUCUUGGCUUUACAGUGGGAAGCGCAGGGUGUUUGUCCGGAGCAACUGACCCACUCUCGUCAAGUCAACCUGCCCAAGAAUGCUAAAGUCCUUAACUCUCAUGUUGAUGUCGGGGAUGUCCGACCCAUCGCUGUGAUGAGCGUUUUCUGGAGACUUUGGGGCUCCGCUUGGAUGCAAACGCCUAGCGUCAAGUACUGGGUUAGCAGUAACACCCCUACGGAGAUUGCUUUUGGCAAAGGGUCCAGUGCGCCGUUUUCGGCCACUGAGUGUUUUGAAGCUUACGUUGCUGAUGGGUUUGCCUCGUCACUCGAUUUCACGAAAU